AUGAAGAAUGGGAAGGCAACUAGACCUGACAUGAUUUCUGUGGAGGCAUGGAAAGUAUUAGGAGAUGGAGUGGAUAUACUGUAUGAUCUUAUGAUAAAGAUCCUUGAGCAGGAAAAGAUACCAAAUGAGUGGCGUGGGAGCAUAUUGAUCCCAAUUUUUAAAGGGAAAGGCGAUGUCCAAGAGUGUGGUAAUAAUAGAGGUAUUAAAUUGAUGUCCCACACUUUGAAGAUACUGGAAAGGAUGAUAGAUGCUAGACUGAGAGAAGAAGUACAAAUAGGUAAAGAGCAGAUGGGAUUUAUGAAGGGAAAGGGAACAAUAGAUGGUAUAUUUUACCUGAGGCAACUAAUGGAGAAAUUCGGGGAAAAGAAAAGGGGCCUACAUAUGGUAUCCAUUGACCUUGAAAAGGCUUAUGACCGAGUCCUGAGACAAGAUGUAUGGAGGAGUCUGAGGGAGAAGAUGGUGCCAGAGCAGCACGUACGAUUGAUAUAA